AUGCUCACUCGGACGGCAAUCCGCUCGGCGCGCGCCGCAAAGAGCGCUGCCACCAAGACCACCACGCGCAAUGCAUCCUCGCAAAGCUCUUCCGAAUCCGCUGCGUCUUGGAAGAACACCACCCUCCUGGGCGGUUCCGCAGCGGUGGGUUUCGCGUCGGUGGCAUGGUACAACUACCAGUUCGGCCGCCCCACGCAGGCUAUGACACCUGCUGAGGAAGGCCUCCACGCCAUUCAAUACCCAUGGGAGCACGAAAAGCUCACCAAGACCUUCGACCACGGUGCCCUCCGUCGCGGAUUCCAAGUGUACCGUGAGGUGUGCGCGUCGUGCCACUCCCUCAGCYGAAUUCCCUACCGAACAAUGGUCGGCAACUUCAUGACUGUCGACGAAGCUAAGGCCCUCGCCGAAGAGAAUGAAUACGACACCGACCCCAACGACGAGGGAGAGAUUGAGAAACGUCCCGGAAAGCUCUCCGACUACUGCCCUUCGCCAUACAAGAACGACGAGGCCGGUCGUGCUGCGAACAACGGUGCUCUGCCACCAGAUCUCAGCUUGAUCACCAAGGCUCGUCACGGAGGCUGCAACUACAUCUUCUCCCUUCUCACUGGAUACCCCGAGGAGCCACCGGCUGGUGCUGUUGUGCAGUCGGGAUUGAACUUCAACCCAUACUUCCCCGGAACUGGAAUUGCCAUGGCUCGUGUUCUCUACGAUGGACUUGUGGAAUACGACGACGGUACCCCUGCCACUACCUCGCAGAUGGCCAAGGAUGUUGUCGAGUUCUUGAACUGGGCCGCUGAGCCUGAAAUGGACGAGCGCAAGCGUAUGGGAUGGAAGGUCAUGGCUAUUGGUUCUCUUUUGUUCGGAUUGAGCAUUUGGGUAAAGAGAUACAAGUGGUCCACGAUCAAGACCCGCAAGAUCGCAUACUCCCCUCCAGCCAACCCAGCCAAGCAGCCCGGCUCUGUCUUCCGAAGAUAG